GUUGUCCCGCGGGCCGUGGGCCCCGCACACUGGGGCUUUGUCCGGCCCCCCGCCAGGGCCCACGGGGGAGGGGGCCCCACAUGACCGAAGGGGUAGGAGGAGCCUGCGGCGGCGGCGGCGGUGGCGGCGGCAGCGGCUCCCUCCAUCACUUCCCUCCGGGGCUGGGGGUCGGCGGGCGGCAGCGGUGGCGACGGCGGCUGGACAGAGCUGAGCAGGGUCGCAGACGCCGGGCCCCUGGUUCCCCAUCAGGCUACAGGCUCCGGGCCUGGGCCAGUCCGGCAGCUGUGAACCUAGCGCUUUCCAGGGGCCGAGCUGGGAGUGCGCCUCGCCACCCUCCCUCAGGAUCAUGGGGAAUGGCAUGACCAAGGUACUUCCUGGACUCUACCUUGGAAACUUCAUUGAUGCCAAAGACCCGGAUCAGCUGGGCCGGAAUAAGAUCACCCAUAUCAUCUCUAUCCACGAGUCACCCCAGCCUCUAUUGCAGGAUAUCACCUACCUUCGAAUCUCAGUGUCUGAUGCUCCUGAGGUACCCAUCAAAAAGCACUUCAAAGAAUGCGUCCACUUUAUCCACUCUUGCCGCCUCAACGGGGGUAACUGCCUUGUGCACUGCUUUGCAGGUAUAUCUCGAAGUACCACCAUAGUGAUCGCCUACGUGAUGACAGUGACUGGACUUGGCUGGCAGGAAGUGCUUGACGCCAUCAAGGCCUCCCGACCCAUCGCCAACCCAAACCCAGGCUUUAGGCAGCAGCUUGAGGAGUUUGGCUGGGCAAACUCCCAGAAGCUUCGCCGGCAGCUGGAGGAGCGCUUCGGGGAGAUCCCGUUCCGCGACGAGGAGGACUUGCGCGCGCUGCUGCCUCUCUGCAGGCGCUGUCGCCAGGGCUCGGCGACGUCGGCAGCGUCGGCCACCACAGCGUCCUCGGCCGCUUCCGAGGGGACCCUGCAGCGCCUGGUGCCGCGAUCGCCGCGGGACUCACACCGACCGCUGCCCCUGCUGACGCGCGUCAAGCAGACUUUCUUCUGCCUCCCGCGGUGCCUGUCGCGCAAGGGUGGCAAGUGAGCGCCGCGUCCACCGCUCCGCUGACGCCGCAGCCUCCGGGGGCGGCCGGGGCUUCCCGUGGCUGGGACGCACCCAGAGCCCGUGGGAGCCUCGACCCUGCCCCGUACCCACCACGCUUGUCUGCGUCCGUCCUCAGUGUCCGCUCUGUGAGUCUGUGUUCGGCCGGCCUGCUGCAAGCCACCUGGUGCCUUAGUCCCUGGACUCGGGAGAAGGGUCCUGGGCCUCCACCCCGACAGGCGCGGAGCAGGAGGGAGGGUAAGGUGGGGGCGGACCGGCAUGGAGGAGAUUAAAGACACACAGAAGUUG